AUGACUGUUAUUGUAUUUGUGAUGACUGUUAUUGUAUUUGUGAUGAUUGUUAUUGUUUUAAUGAAUGUUACUUUAGUAAUGUAUUAUUCUUAUGAAUCUCCUUUUACUAUGGCUGAACGUCGGGACUACUACACUCCUGGGCCGUUGGUGCCAGACGUUCUGACAAUGCAGGACGAUCACAGAUCCUCGGUUAUUUGGGAUAACCAGGGCGACGAGUCUUCCUUAGGGUCACGUUCGAGCGCCAGACUUACUCCAUUUCACGAGCUAGAUUCUCGCAUCAGGAAUGGGAUUAUUCAGACUGGCAUGUCUGGUUUUCUCGCGAUGCGCCAGUUUCCAAGGUGGAGAGGUGGGACUGCUGCACGCAGUUCUCAAUUAGCUUACGGAGAGGAGCGCCGUGACGUCACACUGCCCCCACCAGAGCCAGCAGUUCCGGCUUACGUACUACCUCCUCUUCCUCCCCUGACCAUCGAUCUAGCUCACAUCAGGGGAGCGCGUAGACGGCAGCCUAGAGUCGCCCCGCCUCGCGAGCGCCCGGCAGACCCUAUCCCCCCACCGGUCUACUUCCACUUCGAUCCUACAGCCACUACAGACAGACGGGGGGAGUACUAUGGCCCGACUCAGUACUACGGUUCCACUUCCACUUCAGCAUCACAGCCUCCGUGGCAUCAGACCUAUUUCCCACAGGGACCCCAGGUAUCAUCGUAUCAGGUCCCGCCUUCGUCGAUGCCGUUUUUUGAGCCGUCGUACGGACAGACAGCAUAUACCACUUCUCUGGGCACACCACCGGCGUCUCAGUUCCAGCAGGCCACACCACCGGCGUCUCAGUUCCGGCAGGCCACACCACCGGCGUCUCCGUUUCAGCAGACCACACCACCGCCGUUUGCUGCAUCAGAUCAGUACUACCGUCCAGCGCCAUAUACAGAUGCUCAACCGUUCACGUCUUUCGAUCAGUGUUACCGUCCCACGAUGCCUUCGGAUGAUCAGCCGUCGACGUCACAUUCGCGGCCAUCUUCUUCUCACCAGGCCCAGGAUCCAUCACAGCUACAUUUUACACUGUCAGAGUCAUGGUUAUUCGGUCCGGAGAUCGGUUCAGAGGCGUACGAGGAGCUUUUAUCACGACCGGAUCUCACACCUCCAUCUUUUAGACUUCUACCGCCCACACAGGAGGAGACCGGUACUGCACCACCAGCAGCAGACGUUCAGCAUUCAGCUCAGGACGAGGACGCCUCCGACAGCGGCGAGAGCCCUCCCGUACCCAGACAGUUUCACUCGAUCACAGACAGCUCGCGGCACCGACGAGAGACUCAUGGUUUGAGGGUACAGAGACCGAGGACUCGUAGAUAUGAGGAUUAGAUUUCAUAUCUUUCU